ACUAGCUGGAAUUUGGACCGUCGCUCUCGCAAGUCGCAACUGAGAUGAACGAAACGUUUGAUUUUGGAGAAGACGCAUCGGGGAAGCGCUACUUUCCGUCUUGUCUUACUGCGUUUCCGCAGUCAUCAUGGUGACUGUACGAAUGAUAGAUAUUACGGUUAACUUCACAGAUGGCAUGUUCAGAGGAACCUAUAAUGGCAAGCAACACCAUGUAGCUGACAUACCUGCUGUCCUGACUCGGGCUUGGAACGCAUCAUUGUCAUCUGGAAUGAAGAUCUUCGCAUUUGAUUUCAGUUGUUCUGUAUGGUCAUCUCCAAAUAUGUUUGCUAUUGAGUAUCUCUCCGUUGCAAGUAGGAAAUUUUUGCUUCCUACUGUUUCUUCUGUUGGUCUUGCAAUUGCCGAGACGGAUGGUUUGUCUCUUCUUAUUUUGUUGAAGCUUAUUGAAGGCUCUUUCUGGAGAGUUGGUUGCAGCACUUUGAUUUCCAUUACCUUUUACAGGGAGGCUUUUCUGUACUGUUGGAAUUUGAAGAAAGUGGGGAUCCGGAGAACCAUUUCCAAGCUCUGUUGUCGUUGGCCAAAGAAGGAAUUCGGAAAGGAAAGGUAUUAGUUUCUAGUCUCAACUCUCAUCUACAAUCACACAUUUAUACUUGUCAUCGAAUUUCAUACAUCCACGAUACUGUUUUUUGUUUUGUUUUGCUGAUGAAGAGAUCUUGAAUAUUUGUAGCCUGACCUCAAAAUAUUGGUUUCUGUUUUGAUAAUUAAGAUGAUUGGGGCAGAUGGCUUCUCAAUACCAUAUUGCUGAUAUUGUAAGUUAUAUACAUAUGCAUGUAGAUGUGUAGAAAGUACAAACAUCUUAACUGUAUGUCCAAAAUCCUAUGCAACCUUGUUUUCUGCUCAUUUCCGGCAUGCACUGUCAGCUGGUAUUAGUUACAGUGUCUGAUAUGUUACUUUCUUCUUGACCUGUAGUUAGUAAUUUAUCCCUGAGAGAUGAAAGAUUUUGCAUGGUAAAAUUGAUUUUCUGCUUUGGAGUUUAUAAUCAUAAGGUUGUGGAAAUUAUUAACUCUUAGAUGUCAGUCUGUUGCAUGCCAGCAUGACUUGGUACAUACUGAUAUGCAUUCCAAAUUCAAAAUUGUGUCAUCGUUGUGCAUUAAUACUUGUAUUUUGUUUAUGAGUACUAUUUUUAGUAGCUACUACAAUUUCAUGACCACAUUUUUCGUUGAAUUCAACACCGGAAGGUUGUGGCGGUUGGUGAGUGUGGACUGGACUAUGACAGGCUCCACUUUUGCCCUGCUGAGAUUCAAAAGAAGUUGAGUUCAUGGAUAAGUCAUUCUAUGCAUUUUGAUACCUUACCUAACCAUUGUGAUUAGAGAGUGCAUGCAUUGAUAAAUUAGGUAUUUUGAGAAGCAGUUUGAAUUAGCACAUGCCACAAAGCUGCCUAUGUUCCUUCAUAUGCGUGCAGCUGCCGAGGACUUCUGUGAGAUCAUGGAGCGUUACAAGGAAAGGUUUACUGGUGGUGUAACGCAUUCCUUUACUGGUAGCGCAGAUGAUCGUGAUAAAUUUCUUGCAUUCAGAAAUAUGUAUAUAGGUGAAAUACUCUCAUUAGCAGAAUUUUCAAGCUUCCUUUUCCUUUCACUGAUGUCUUUAUUGUACAUUUCCUUGGAUUUAGUUAGCUUCUUGUGAAAGAACUUAUUUGUUUUUCUCUGUGUGAGACUCGAAUAUAUGCAACUGCCUUUUCUUUUUCUAGCCUUCUAAUUAAGAGUGAUUUCUCAAUUAUUGCUCAUCUAAGAUAAACUGAAAGUGGAAGGAACAGUCAACUUCGUUCCCAUUCCAAACCCACAAAACUUUGAUUGGUAAUUGAGUUUCUCACAAAGCUUUCCGCUGCAAAUGGUUGCUCUCUGAAAACAACUGAGAACCUCAAAGUUGUGAGGGACAUUCCCAUUCAACAUGUAAAAUCAUCAUGGCCUUUCAGAAAGAAAGAGAAGUAUGAACGAGGGUCCAUUGUCAAAGGCCGGAAUGAACCUUGUUUAGUUCGGCAAGUUUUAGAGGUCGUGGCAGGCUGCAAAGGCUUCAUUGAUACAGAAGAAAUGAUCAGAAUCAUCUACCAAAGCACCUGCAGGUAUGUGCCUUCUCAACGAUCCUGAAAUUUCUUGCCCGGCUAACUAGCCUGGGGAAAUAAAACUAGUGACCUAAGACUGCUGUAUGUAAUCCAAUAUCCUUCUUGUCAGAAUGUUCUUUCCGCAGGACUUGGAUUCUGCUGCGGAUU